AUGGCUGAACACCAUCCACUUCCCGCGCUGCCUCCCCAGCACCAGCAACCGAAUCACCACUAUCACCAACAAGGUCCCGACUCAUACGACAACGAACAGUCCCAGUUCCCGCCUUAUCAGCAGCAUUACGACCAGCCCCAGCCUGUUCAACCGCCUCCCAACGCCCAGGCGCAGUCCCAAUCCCAGAAUCAACCUCCUCACAGACGCUCCAAGUCCCGGCCGAGAACCUUCAGUUUCCAGUCCAACAAAUCCCACAAGAGCUCCGGCAGUCACCCCAAGAUCGACCUCCACGAGACACCCGAAGAGAAGGAAGCAAAGAGAUUGCACAGCAAAGCUGAUCCUACCGUCGCUAUGAGUGAGGCCGAACCUUCCGCCGUCCAGGCAAUGACCAAGACUUCCUUGGCUCCUUUGCGCGCUAUUCAACACAAGGACACCACCGGCGCCCCGAUUGCCGAACCCGACCGAUCUAAUCCCACACGCAGCCGUUGGGAAAGACCCCUUGACACGAUUCGCAGUUUCGAGGCCGCCAUUGAUGGGGGCUACCGUGACCGGGACCGGCGACAGUCUUAUAUUCGCUCAGAUACAGAGUCGGUACAAACAUGGAAUAGACGCAGCAGUUACUAUGCCACCAGUGGAGGACGCCAUCCCCAUGACAGCUACUACAACGGCCGACCGGGCUCGUUCCGCCCCGAAAGCGGCCAGAUCGAGAUGGGGUCCAAUAGACAGAGUUACUACGAUCAAUACCAGAAUGGCGGAGGACAUUACAAUGGCGGCAACAACAUUCCCUACCGACAGAGAGUUCCGAGGACGCAAACCGAUCCCCACAUGAACGGCUACGCACGCGGUGAUCAGAACAUUUAUCCCCUUCCCAACAAGGACCGCUCGUACGAGACUGUCACAUCAGCCGCCGCAAGUGGAAGCUCCGGAGAGCACGCAGGCUACCAUACCGACCCGACUAGUAGCGACAACAGCUCCAUUGAGCGUGGUGGCCAGGGCCGUAGGCCUGAACCCACCAACGAUUACGGCAUUGGCUUCAGCCAGGACCAAGGGUACCAGGCGUCUGCUCUGAAGUUUGAUAAUGGUGCGCCGAAUGGAAAAGGACACGCCUAUCAAGCUGUGAACAAUGGAGCUCAGGUAUCUCAGCAACAGAGCGCAAACGUCCUUCGGAGACCAGUUGGCGCCUCCGCACCGCAACAGCAGCAACAGGCGCAGCCUAGACCUGCUGAGCCGGCCAAGAGAAAGAGCUGGUUUUCUAAACGCUUCAGCAAAUCAUCUUGA